AUGUACACAAAAUGCUUUGAUAUAAGUUCUGCAAUGUUGCUUCUUGAAAAGAUGGAUGCGAGAGAUUUGAUCACAUGGAACACCAUGAUUGGGGGAUAUUCAGAUAAUGGCUUUUCAAGAGAUUCCGUGAUUCUUUUUCGAGAUUUGCUGAAUUCUAGUCAGAGAUGUAACCUAGCUACUUUAAUAGGUGUUCUUUCCUGUUGUGACUGUUUAGAGUCACUUGCAUUUGGGAGAUUAAUCCACUCUUGGGAAAUCAAAUCGGGUUUUUCAAAAAAUGUAGCUGCCCAAAAUGCCACCAUCUUCAUGUACAUAAACUGUGGAGAUUUAGAAUCUAGGCUGUCAGUGUUCGAGGACAUUUCUGUGCAAGAUGUGGUUUCAUGGAACACAGUUAUAGUUGGAUGUGCACAAAUUGGAUUUUGCCGAAAAGCCUUGGAAACCUUUGACCAAAUGCUUCUUGUACCUAUAAAUCCAGACCCUAUUACCCUUGUGAGUGUUUCUAGUUCUUGUGGUGAGCUCAAACUUCUAAACCGAGGCAUAUGGGUUCAUGGAUAUGUACUAAAAAUUGAACUGGAAUUCAAUCUCCAUCUAAUCAAUGCAUUACUAUCUAUGUACUGCAAAUGCAAGGAUAUCAAAAGUGCAGAGCUUAUAUUUUGUAGUAUCCCUAAUCAAAGAAAUCUAUGCUCAUGGAAUUCAAUGAUAUCUGGUUAUGCACAGAACAAACAACCCCAUAAAGCCAGAGAACUCUUUUAUCAAAUGGAUUUCGAGCCAAAUGAGAUGACCCUGGCUAGUGUUUUAUCAGCAUGUGCUCAACUAGGAGACUUCAAACUAGGGGAGCACAUACAUGAUCAUAUUACUCAAAAUGGGUUUGAACAAAAUGCUUUCAUAUGCACUGCCCUCAUAGAUAUGUACGCCAAAUGUGGAAGGUUAGAAGAAGCAAUUCAGAUAUUCAAAGAUGUUAGAGAGAGAAGCAUCGUGUGUUUGAAUGCAAUGAUUGGGGCUUACGGGCUUCAUGGUUAUGGAAAAGAAGCAUUCUCUCUAUUCUCAGAGAUGCUUUCUUUAGGGGUGAAGCCAAAUGAAAGCACUUUCAUCAGUGUUCUCAGGGCUUGCAGCCAUUCAGGCUUGGUAGAUGAGGGCUUGGCUCAUUUUGAUUUAAUGUUUAAGGGCUUCGGAGUGAGCCCAAGGGUUUGGGGUGCUUUGUUAAGUGGGUGCAAAGACAAUGGUGAUCUUGAGAUUGGAAGGUUUGCUGCCGAGGGGGUAUUUGGCUUGGAGCCUGAAAAUGUUGGCUAUUACAUAUCGCUUUCGAAUAUAUAUGCAGCUGAGAGAAGAUCGGGAGAUGUAGUAGAGAUUAGGUCGAGGAUCAAGGAGAAAGGGUUGAGAAAGAUUGCAGGCUUUAGUGUUGUCGAUGCUUGGUAG